AUGUCAUUGGAAGGAGCAUUGGAGGAAGAACGUCAAUUAAUUGCGGAGAUUUUAAAGCGCCAGAAAGCCGGAAAUUCCGGAACAAUGAGAGGCCGCGGAAGGGACACAUCUCCAGGUGCUCAGCGCGCACAUUCCAGGGGCCUGUCUAGUGUGAGGAGGUCCCUGAGUCGCUCCAGCUCCAAGGACCCUGACGCUAAAUAUGCGAUUACCGCACACGAUCCAUCCGAAAGACUGCGGUCGCCUUCUGGGUCACGGGUGAACGACAGCGAGGAUGAGCUCAAGGGCCCGGAGAAUACCUCCAGUAGCGACGAGGAGCAAAUAAGCGACACAGAUUCUGAAUUCGAGGUCGACGACGGCGGCAAAGUGCUUCCGAACUAUGCGUCUUACUCACCGGAUGAAGUGCUGGAUGAAAAGAACAGUUUCGGUCGCAGGCUGAGACCCAAAGACGAGCUGAGCCAGAUCAAUAACCGCAAGCUCGUGAAAGAUGCCAUUCAGGCCGAGAAAAUUGACGAGCUGCUGGCAGCAGAACGGGCUCUGGCAAACGCUCAAUCGAUUGGACGCCACGUUCCUCAUGAGUUUUUGGAAAAGAUUGAGGAGGACGCGAAGAAGGUUGGCACGCAUAUCCAUUACGACCCAGAAAAAUUUUACCAGGACAACACUGGACGCAAGGAGAAAUUACAGGAAUACGCCAUCUAUAAGAAGAAGCUUGUCUCGCCUGAGUUUUUUUCUGCCACAGACGGCUUUUCGGUGCCUUACACCAGCGAUGUGGAGGAGAAAGCGGACUCCGAGUUGGCUCGCACCCUGAACGAGCACGUGGUCGUGUCAGAAACUGAAUCCAACCUCAGUAACCAAAUGGCCAUUCGGACGAUCACGAGGGGACAGUUCUUCGAACUCUCCAGAAAGGACGGCAGAGAAACUCCUCAAAUGUUUGUGUUGUGCAUGGAUUUUUCUGAGGAAUCAAAAUACGCUCUGGAAUGGUGUAUCGGUACAGUUCUAGUGGACGGGUCUGUGCUGUAUAUUUUGAAUGUGAUCGAGGAUGACGAUUACUCAUCAAUGAAUCUAAACGGAAUCCAGCCUAACGGAGCAAAUCAGUCUGAGACCAAGGAAGAGAAGCUGUCGAAAGCUGCUCGCGAAAAGCUGCGUAUCCAGAACGUUGAGGAGAUCACGCGCCAGACGCUAGAUCUGCUCAAACUCACCAAGUUGCAGGUCCACACCGUCAUCGAGUCGUGCCACCACCCGAUCCCACGCCAUUUCAUGGUGGAAAUCAUAAAACACAUCUCACCGACGCUGGUGAUAGUCGGCUCCCGCGGCACCUCGGCUAUAAAAGGAGUGCUUCUGGGGUCGCUGUCGAAUCAUCUCGUGCGCAAGAGCACAGUGCCCGUGAUGGUGGUCAAGAACAAGCUGAAAAAGCUGACGAAAAAGGGAAAACACUUCAGCAACAACAUAUCGACGCUACACAGUCUUGCCGAGGCCAAGGUCGACUGA